CGAGAAGUGCUUGUAGUUAAACAGGGGGUGUGAACGAGCUGAUUCCUUCUGCUGAAGAUGACUCAAACACAGGCAGUUCUGGUUGCACUGCUUUUCUUGCUAAUGAGUCUGGUUGAAGGACCAGCUUACAACAUGGUGAGUGUGGAGGCUGGUCAUGAGGCUGUGUUGAGUUGCCCUUACACCUCCAAGGUGCCUUUGCUGAUGGCUAUAUGGAAGAUGAAAUGCAGCACUUGCUGCUUGUUUGCCUAUAGAAGUGAUCGCACUGAGACAAGGAAGUUAAACUGCAGCGAGAGGAUGAUGUGGAAAUACUCACCUGAUAGUGACCCUGCUCUUCGUAUUUACCCUGUAAACCUUGGUGAUGAGGGAAAUUACACCUGCGAAGUUGUCAGCAGUGCAGGGAAUUUUAUUUUCUUCUCUUCUCUGACUGUGAUAGUCCCUCCUACUGUGACUCUGACCAGUGAUACGAGCAGGGUGGCUGUGUGUCGUGCAUCUGUUGGAAAGCCAGCUGCUGACAUCUCCUGGAUCCCUGCAAGUGAUCGUAGCACUGAGGAAGAAGUCCAUCACCUCAAUGGAACAGUGACUAGAGUGAGCUACAUAGGCUGGGUCAACAGCACACUUCCCACUGUCACCUGCCUGGUUACCCACCCAGCUACAAACCAGACUCUCUUCUUAGACCUGUCAUACACUCGCCCCAGCCUUCCUUAUCUCCUGAUGGGAGGAUCAGCAGGUGUUGCUGCUGUCAGUGGUGUGACCUUAUGCUUGAUUUUCAGAUGCAGAGCUUCCCGGUUGCGUAAACUGGCACAUGGGUCAGCAGUACCAGCUGCAACCAAGACCUUCAGGUCCAUACCAUCACUUGCAAAAACAGAUGUGAUCAAGCCUCCUAUCUUAUCAGAGAGUAUCUAUCAAAAUUACAAUCCAGGAACGAUAUAUAUGAACUAUUAACAGAGUGGUUACAAGCAGUCUAAUACCAGCUCAGCUACUACUUAUACUCAGUUACUUGAACUCGUACUUCAACUAACAAAUCUCAGACCCUAGCACAUAGCAGACCAACAGAACAGUCAAAACUGCCUCACAAAAGCCUUUCUCUUUCCUGGCCUGAAGACAGUAGGGGAGAACAACCUGUUUUAGUAAAUUAUUUAUCCUUCUCUAAAUGUCAGCUUUCAAAACAUUUGAAAUUUGUAAAGAUUGAGUUGGGGAAAUACAUAUCUGAAUAUUUUUUGAAAGUGGACUCUGAUACAUGUGCUGGCUUCCCUCAAAUCGAAAUGACAGACUGUUGGUGAAUAUGUAGCACUUUU